AUGGUGGAAGAAUGAGAGGAUGUUGUAUGAAACCUUGUGGAAGAUCAAGUACACAGAUCUCAACUUCAACAUUGUCAGAGGUCCCCUGUCUCAGAUGUGUAUUUCAGGAAUCACUGGCAGUCAGAAGUCUCUGAAUGAUUGUGAUGACAACAGAUCGGAAUCUUCAACAGGAAACAUGUCUUCCAACAACUCGACCUUCAAGCAUGACAAUAUGGUCAUGAUCAGUCAGAUGUUUACCACGGUGGCCAAAGUAAAUGGCGAUCUUGUAGCUGUGCGAAAAGUUCACAAAAAGUCCAUCAAGGAAGACAAAUUUCUACUAAAAGAAAUGAAACUGAUGAAGUCACUAAAACACACCAACCUAGCCACCUUCCAUGGAGCCUGCACAGAGACCCCCAACAUCUGCGUCCUUUGGGAGUACUGUAGCAAAGGAAGUCUUGAGGACAUUCUUCAUAACACAGACAUCAAACUGGAAGCCAUGUUUCAGUUUUCCAUUGCUCUAGAUAUUUGCACUGGACUAAACUAUUUACACAGCAGUGAACUGGAGGUGCAUGGACGACUGAAGACAACAAACUGCGUCAUUGACAGCAGAUGGGUGGCCAAACUCACCGACUAUGGGCUCAAAAGAUUCAAAAAGGGAGAAAAAUCCUCAGAUGAAAUUGGGGAAGAUAAAUAUUAUACAGAUUUAUUUUGGACAGCCCCAGAAUUACUGAGGCCAAUCCUCCAGCAUGAAAAAGUGAUCCCGACAAAAGAAGCUGAUAUUUUUUCACUUGGAGUCGUCCUGAAGCAGCUUCUGUGUAAGAACUUUGCCUACAACGAAGAACUGGCACAUCAGACCCCAAAAGAAAUAAUCAUGAAAAUAGCUAACCCAGGAUCUGGGCCAGUUGUGAGACCACACAUCAUAGAAGAGUUCCCUGAACAUCAUAUCAUCAUGAUGUCAUUUGUCCAUCUGAUCAAGGCAUGCUGGGCCGAGGAACCCAGUCAGAGACCCACCAUUAAAAAGGUUCUGAGAAAAAUGAAAAGAAUGAGUCCACUAAAGAGCAGUGGUGUCCUUGACAACAUGCUUUCUUUGAUGGAACGCUACUCCAACCGACUGGAAGAUCUGGUGUCAGAGAGAACUCUUCAGCUUGAGGAGGAAAAAAGAAAGACAGAUACACUUUUAUACAGAAUGUUACCAAGGAAAGUUGCUGAUGAUUUGAAAAUAGGUCACCACGUCCAGGCUGAAGCAUUCACAGAUGUGACUAUCUACUUUUCUGAUAUUGUCGGAUUCACCACCUUGGCAAGCGAGAGCACACCCAUGGAGGUUGUUGAGAUGCUGAAUCUUUUGUACAGUCAGUUUGAUGACAUCAUUCAAAUGUUCAAUGUAUAUAAGGUAAGUUUAAACUCUGGCCCUGUUGUUGCUGGGGUUGUUGGUAACACUAUGCCACGUUACUGCCUGUUUGGCAAUACAGUGAACCUGGCAUCCCGCAUGGAAUCCCAGGGACUGCCUCAGAAAAUUCAGGUCAGCUUCUUCACUCAUGAAAUACUGAAAAUGAAUCCAGAUUUCAUCAUGGAGGAACGAGGAGUGGUGGAGGUCAAGGGAAAGGGCAAAAUGCCCACCUACUGGCUGAUUGGUCGAAAAAGUUCUCAAGCAGUAAAUCAAGAGAAUAAUGACAACCUAAAUCAAUCCUCACCUGCAAUUUCCAGUGAGAAAGAAGUUGAUGGUGGUGAUGGAGACGUGACUAAACAUCGUACUGCAAGGACUCCAGAUAAUGUGGCUGGAAACUCUGAAAUGCUGGAUAACAAUUCUGGAGUUACGGAUUCGACAAGCUGUAAGGCUGUGUCUUGUUAA